UUCGAGCAACCGGACUGUGCAGAUCGCUCUCUACGUCCCUAUUUGCGCCGAUCAUUCAAUCAAGUUCGGUCGAACAAUUGUUGGAUCUACUUUUGCUUUCGAGAAUCUCCAUUUUCUAGUAUCCUUCGAAGUCCUGCGUAUCCACCAUGAGCUGCCCAGUGAGAAGCGGAUUUGUGGAUUCGGUGCAAGGUGGGCAUCAUCUCGGUUCGGAGGCUGGCAUGCUGUACGGCGAGUACCUGAUGCUGGACAAGGUGCUGAGCGCCCAGCGGAUGCUGUCGGUCGAGGGCAAGAAACCGGUGCACGACGAGCAUCUCUUCAUCGUCACCCAUCAAGCUUACGAGCUGUGGUUUAAGCAGAUCAUCUUCGAGCUCGAUUCGAUCCGCGUACUGUUCAGCACCGAGCACAUCGAGGAGUCACGCACGCUGGAAAUCUUGAAGCGCCUGAACCGUAUCGUCAUGAUCCUGAAGCUCCUGGUGGAUCAGGUUCCCAUCCUCGAGACGAUGACACCGCUCGAUUUUAUGGACUUCCGUGACUACCUGUCACCGGCAUCCGGCUUCCAGAGCCUGCAAUUCCGGCUGCUCGAGAACAAGCUGGGCGUUAAGUCAGAGCAUCGCGUCAAGUACAACCAAAAGUACACGGAAGUGUUUGCGAGCGAUCCGUCGGCGAUCGAUCGUAUAGCCGUGACGGAGGAGGAACCUUCGUUGGCCGAUCUGGUGCAGAAGUGGCUCGAACGUACGCCCGGUCUCGAGGAGGAUGGUUUCAACUUCUGGGGCAAAUUCCAGGAGAGCGUCGAGAAGCUGCUCAGCGAUCAGGAAGCGAGUGCCAUGAAAGAGGAACACGAGCAUGUGCGCGAGUACCGGCUGAUGGAUAUUGGGAAGCGGCGCGAGGUGUACAAGUCCAUCUUCGAUGCGGAGGUCCACGAUGCGCUGGUGGCUCGUGGUGAGCGUCGGUUCACGCAUAAAGCACUGCAGGGUGCCAUCAUGAUUACGUUCUAUCGCGAUGAGCCACGCUUCAGUCAACCGCACCAGCUGCUGAUGCUGCUGAUGGACAUCGAUUCACUGAUUACCAAGUGGCGCUAUAACCACGUGAUUAUGGUGCAGCGUAUGAUCGGUUCGCAGCAGCUCGGUACCGGUGGAUCCUCCGGCUAUCAGUAUCUUCGCUCGACGCUCAGCGACCGGUACAAGGUGUUCCUGGAUCUGUUCAAUCUCUCCACCUUCCUGAUACCGCGCAACACGAUCCCGCCGCUGACGAACGAGAUGCAGAAGGCUCUUAACAUGGCCUGGGGUUCACCGGCGCAUACGGCAACCCGCAACGGCACUCUGCACUAGGCCUUCUGCGCCAUUCCCCACUCAACAAUGCGUUCCGAGUAUUGUAGACCUGUAGAGGCUGACGUGGUUUUUGCUUACCUCCAGCGAAGAGAUAGCAUUCCCAGGGUAGUGACACCCAAAAACACACAAACAAACACACGUUUCGCAUGAUAUAGUGCGGCACAAUCCGAAUAAAGAGCGAGACAUAAAUUAAAACCCUUCCUCCUAUCGCAUCUUGAUUAUCGCAUGUGCGCGUGUUGCAAUCGCAGUAAAUCUUGGGCCAAACCGGGAGUUGAUCCUCUCUCUGGCGUAUGGUCGCAUGGUGAGUUGAAUGUGCACGUUUGGUUUGUUGACCCCUAAAUGUUAGGCUCCAAAGGUGACGUGGGUGGGCGAAUGGACGAAAAAAACAAUGAAAAACCUACCUGUAAAAUGUAAAAUGAAGAUCGCGCUA